GAGAGAGAGAGAGAGAGAGAGAGAGAAAUCGAAGGAGACUAGAAGAACACAGCUGCUGCUGUGGUCUAUGUAGGAACAGCCCUGUGCUGGAAAUGGAGGGGUUUAGAUGUGGGAACUAAGCGAGUAGAACUGUGAAGUGAACUACAUGUGGAGGUGUUUGCCUAGCAAGGAGCAGGAUUAAAAGUUGUUGUCACAAAGCAGAGCCCAAGCCCCCAGUGAGCAAGCCAAGGGUGCCAGUAUCAAGGAAAAAUUUCCUAGAACAUGAGGAAGAAACCUUGAGAGGAACCAAGACUCAAAGAGGAGGCCCAUCCUCCUUUGGCCAACGGCAAGGGUAUGGUGUUGGGGGCAGUGUGAAAUAAAGAGAAUCAAUCGAUUAAAUGACCUGAUGGCUGUUCUGCACUUGUGAUCGUCAAGUGCACUUUGUGACAUUAACAGCUAGUGACAAGCACUCUGAGCAGCACAGAAAAAAGAAAAACAUAUUACACUGGAGAGAUGUGAUGCCUGAUUGGUUGGCCGAAUGUGUAUGCCCUAGUGUGCCCUAACACUGUUGUCAUGGGAACACAGGAAAUGGAAACUAAACAAGACUAUAUUUCAGGGCCCGAGUAGGGGAUGCUGUGAGGAUGAGCCAUACCACUGAUCUCUGUGAGUCAAGCUGCUCUGAAGCUGGCAGCUGUCAGUCACUCACAUUAUAUACAUUUAUUGCUGAGUGACAUCUGACAGUGAGUGUCUUAAGUCCUUAGGCAUGCUUGAUCAAGUGCAGCAAUUAUAAAGGAGUGGCAAGCUGUGUGGGCGUGGCAGGCUGCGUGAGAGUAGCCGGCUGUGUGGGUUUGGCCACCAUGCCUCCCGGUAAGAGAGCGGAGGGUCCAAGCAGCGGCAGCGUGGCGCAGGGUCUGAGUCAGCUUUACCAGGACUCAGCAGCAGGGGACCUGUCCCUUUCCCUGUCUGCCUCACUCUCCCGGGCUGAGGAUGAGGAGCUGACUAGCCUCAGCUGGCUACAUGAGAGCACAGACCUUCUAACUAGCUUGGGCCACCCGGGCCUCCGAAGUGUGAGCCCCCUACAGGAUACCGAACGCUACUGUGAACCUUCCUUGCCCUCCUCCUCCUUGCAGAAGCCUAGUGAGCCCUGUGGGGUGAUGAUGGGGCCCAGCUGCAAGCCACCCUACUCCUUCAGUUGCCUCAUUUUCAUGGCUAUCGAGGAUGCCCCAUCCAAGCGGCUUCCUGUUAAAGACAUUUAUGGCUGGAUCCUGGAACACUUCCCCUACUUUGCUAGUGCCCCUACUGGCUGGAAGAAUUCAGUGCGUCACAACUUGUCACUCAACAAGUGCUUUAAGAAGGUCGAUAAGGAUCGUAGUCAGAGCAUAGGUAAAGGUUCUCUGUGGUCUAUAGAUCCUGAAUACAGGCACAAUUUGAUCCAGGCUUUGAAGAAGACCCCAUAUCAGCCAUAUGCUCAGUGGCCCAUCUCCACCCGCUCCUGCCCCCAGCAAUACAGCAGUCGUCCUUUAUGGCCAGGAAGUCAACUAUUCCGGAAAAAUGUCGGAGUGAUUCUGCAAGUCCCACAGAGAGUGAUCCAGCAUAGCUCCCUACUGACCGGUCAGGGGCUUUCCUCAGUUAUCAGACCUCUACCUAUGAAUCUUCUGGGGAAGACCACAUCAGCAAGAGUGUGUGUGUGUAUUAUCAGAUCAGCUCUGGAUGAUGCCCAAGGGAGAGACAGCUCACCUGGCGAUGACCCUCAGGAGGAGACCAGUUUCUUCAAUUUCCAACGAGACCCUUCUUCCCGUUCCCUUCAUAUAGACAGUCCUGCCUGUAGCCAAGGGUUGAAGGUCAGCUACAGGAUCACAGAGGUCAAAGAGGAGCCUAGAGACUUCCCCCUGGAUGCCACCAUACCCCCUUCCCAGCUUCAUGGAAGAAGAACCAACUGCACUAAAGGCCUUCUGCUAAAACCCGGAGACAUGCUCCCUCUGAAGAAGAGACGCGCUGAGAAGCUUCUGGCCAGCGGUGAUGAGGACGAGGAGAUGAAGGAGGCAGCAGGAUCUCUACUUCACCUAGCCGGUGUACAAGCCUCUCAGAGCAAAACCAGUCAGCACACAUCCAGAGUCCAGAGGGAGGGAGGGAAGGACUAACAUAGAAGCGGCUUGACAAUACGUCCCACUCUUUCUUUUUUUGGAAUUUCAGGUGAAUUCAUAUGUGGCAAUAUCGAUUUAAAAAAAAUCUUUGUUUUCCAUAAAUUCAGGCGCUGUUUUCUAACAGAUGAUUCUCACUCUUCGGUUCAUUUCUCGUGUGCAUGUUAAAGGGAUACAAGCCAUAAUGAGAAUCAUUAACAUGUGAGGAUUACAUUUUUCAAUACAUCAUGUAGGUAAUGGGGAUGUCAAAAAAUCUUCCAGUAGUAACAAGGAAUGCUGAACUAAGGGUCUUUUCACACUUGUUGCAAACAUAAGUUUUAUUUCAGAAAUUUGGUUCAGCCUAGUGAUUCCCAGUACCUGCACUAGGGACUUCAUGUUUUGCAUUUGCACUUGCGCAAAUCUGACACACUGGUCCGACUCCUCAGUGAUUAUCAACUCCUUCUUGACCUGGCUGAGGAGUGUGAAUGCAGUGUUUCCAAAUGCCAGUCGAUAUUUUUUUUUAACUUCCUGCACACCUGUAUUCAUGUAUUCUCUUUUCCUGAUUUCUUGGUUCAGGUGUGAUUCUUGGGUAUUUUUUAAGAACCCAGUAGCCUAAUUACCAACAGAGUAUUGACGUCGAAAGUGGAAGGGUGAAUUACAAGAGGACAAUCUGAAAAGGUUUGACCUUACAACAUGGUACAAUAUGAGCUGACUGGACUAUAAUCACCUAUGAGAGACACUUGAUGUUGCUCUCUCAAAUUGCUUUUCCAGAAUGACAUUGAGAUCAGGUGUCUAUAAUAGAGACUCAUUUAACAUGUUCUUUACACUUUGACAUGACGGGCAUAUGCAGUGUCACAUGGUUCCUCCUCUGCAAACAGGGCAGCAUGAAAGUUUACUUUUUUUUCUUCCAGAAAUAGAUGCUGUUUUGAAGCUUGUGUGAAAACAUCCUAAGAUGUUCUUCCUGCUGCUCAUACUCUGGGGAGUGCCAAAGACGAUUCUUAUCAAUACGAGUGCAGCUAAUCCAUACGUGUUUAGUUAGUACAGUUACUCUCAAAACAGAUGACCUACCCACUUUACAACAUACCUGUGUAUGUUGUCUUCAUGCCCGUCUAAACUCUGAAUGACAAAAUGGCCUCCAUGCUCCUUUAAAGCUGCGGUGGUGGCAUGUAUUUGCAUUAGCGGUGCUCCUUGGUGGUGAUGGUUUAGUGCCUGUCUGAGUGUCAAUCUGUUUCCUCAUAUGAAGCAGUAAGCUUGUGGCACUAGUUUCAUGAACCAUCAGCAUGUGCCCCAAGUCACAGAAAUAAUUAUUUUAACAGCCAAGUUCAACAAACAUCUGAGCAGUGUCAAAACUGUGAGGUCCACUCUGCACUAGUAUUGCAUCCAAGGUGCCAUUACUUGGAUCUAUUUUUUCUUCAGGGGUGCACAGCCACUUGUGAGAGCCAGUAUGUUUUAUAUAUAUAAGAUGCUAAGUAGGAGCCUCAAGCUCCUAGGCCUCUGGUAGAGGACCUGACCUUGAGGGAUAAAGACCUCCCAGAGGAGAGCGAGUGGGGAAUUCUUUUUUUUAAAUAUCUAUAUAAACCAACCCCUCUGCUCAGAGUCUAUCAUGUUUGUGUAUUUAUAAUGUAAAAAUUACUGCAAUUGUAGAGACUGGGCUAAUCUGUCCUCCUUAUGAGCUGUACCUGGUACUCAGAGGCCAUGCUGUGUACUCCUGAAAUGUCUUGUUUUCUCAUUUUUCUUAACAUGAAAAUAAAAAAAGAACACAUGCUCAGAACUCAGAAACAUUUAGUUAGUAAGCAGGUAAUGUUUUCUUAAUGUCUGUAAAAAAUAUUCUAUGUCCAAUAGUUGACAAAAAUGUAAAAUCAAAUGCAAUAUACUGAUUCUUUCUGUCAAGCCAAAUGUAUAUGUCUGCAGCAAAUUGAUGACUAAAGCACACUUAACCUACAUUGUAUGGAGCAAUGGUACAAAAACCUGCCUGAUGUAUAACAAUAUCAAAAAGUACAAGUACAUUUUUUUACUUGAUUUAUUUUUUGUGUUGUUUUCUAAAGUAAGAUUACGUCCUAAACAAUUUUGUUCUAUUAUGACAACACUGUAAAAAAGAAUUUAAAUGUAUUAUUACUAUUUUAUUUUAUUAUUAUUUUUAAAUAAAGGUGGUUGAGCCUUACAGGUUUUCUCAGUUAUAAUGCAUGGGCACUUGUAAAUAAGAAAACAGUAUUUUUCCCCUUCUUCUUGAAAGAUAGUGUAUAACGAUGUAUUUAGCAUGAAGCAUGACAUAUUUUCAUAUGAGAGUCAAACGUAAAGAGACACUUGUUGUUUACAGCAUACAUCUGACAAAUUAGAUUUUGUAAAAUAUAGUUCUUUACUUUUAAUUUAGGUCAUAUCAUUUCCUGGCAGACAACUCUUCAAAGGGAAGAUACUUAUGGAUAUUUCACUUAGAAACUUAGGCUUUUUGGAGUUUCAGGUGACACUAAUAUUAUCAAAAGUUUGAAAGUAUGACUGUGUUUGUUGUGGUUUCUUAGUUCAUUAGUGUAAUUGUCAAAAUGUCAGGAAUCAGUGUUGAGUGACUGAUCACUGUACACCCUUUAACCUUCAGUCUGCAUUGGAUAUGUGCGUGGAUAUCUUUCUUAUUAUUAAUAAUAAUUUUUUAUCAACUCCUUUUUGUAGUGAUGAAUUCCCAACAUGAGCUCCAAUGGUUUGAAAAACAGUAAAAUUACAUUUAUUGUAUCUGAGUCUAUUCAUUGUUUUUCAGAGAAAUGUUAUCCUACCUAUGUCUAAUUUUAUCCUAUUUUAUUCUGUUCACAUUUUCAUUGUGUUUGUGGUUUUCCUGAAGAGUGUGGUCAUUUUUGAAAGGGCUUGCUUAAAGAAGACACCUGGUAGUUUGCUUUGAGCCUUAGUUCAGUUUUGAGCUUGCAAUGCUAAUGCUAAUGUUGAGCUUGUAAUGCUACUGGCUGUGUGCCAUUCUCAUCUGCAGUACAGCUUUCAUUUAUUUCUGCUUCUGUUACAUGUGCAUUAUGCAACAUUUUUAAGUAUGGUUCCACUCUGGCAGUGCUCUGUGUUCAUGGUCCACUUUGAUGUACCUAAAUCUGUGAGUGUUGCCUCUGUCUCAGAGCGCAGGUGCAUUUUAGCUGUAUUACACCCAUUAAACAUUCACACAGACUUUUUUUUCCCUGUUUGCUUAUACUCACACUCUAAAGAUGAUAAGUGCUGGUAUGACUCAAUGCAUAAGUGACAUCAUGUGGAAGAGAUCUGGAGCUGGGCACCAUUGACUACUGUGAGGCUGGAUUAUUAGUUAGCCUGCUGUUGCAGGUAAUUUAAGAUUGUCUGAGCUAAACUAAUAUAACUUUGUUCAUGUCAACUCAGAGCUACCUUUUAACUGUGCCCCAAGAAAAGGUAGCCAUCACACAAAUCCAGCUUGGCAAUAUACUAUCCAGGCAAACUGUGAUGUAAUACUGAUGGUCCAAUAAAGUGACCAUGCCUUACAGCUUGAUCUCCUUUAGGAAUUGAUUUACUGAUAGAGUUUAGUUAUGUUAUGUCCCUUUAUUUCCACAGGAACUGAAACCUCUUUCAUCCUGACUCAGUACCCAGUGCAUUAUAUUGUUCUUUGUGCUUAUGUGCUGAAGUAUGAAACAUGCUGCACGUGUCAGUAAAAGUGGAACAUAAAUCAUACAAAUGUGUAUCGAGCAGAGCAGAAAUAACGAGGUUUGGGAAGCCUGUACUGUCAGCUGCCUUUCUACUUUGUUCAUGCUUUUCGUUUUGAAUGUCACUGCCAGUCAGAUGCAUUUAUCAAGUUACUGUCAAAGAAGAAGCAAUUGCUUUUGAGAUGUCAAACACUUGUUUUGACAUGGCUUGCAAUUUCAGACACUUGGAAGAAAUCCCAUACAGAAAAACAUUAUACUGCCUCAUUCCUUAAUGUACCAUCAUUUUGCCAAAGAACACUUAUAACUGUUUCACUUGUAUGUGUAUAUAAUCUCACUAUUCUGUGACAAAAAAUAUGUCCUUGUAUUUUUUUCUUUCUGAGACUUACAAUAAUGUUUAUUUAAUGUAUUGUCUUCCAGUUACAAUCAUUAAAAAUACCAGUUUUGAAA